AUGGCGUCCAAGUUGGGAUUGGCUGGAGGAAUUCCGGAGCGACGAGUGCGGCCGAUAUGGGAUGCAGUCGACUCACGCCAGUACAAGGCUGCUCUAAAGCUUUGCACCGCACUUCUCCCGAAAUAUCCCAACAGUCCCUACGCUCUUGUAAGCGCUUCUGUUUUCUUCCUUUAUUUACUACCAGAACUAUGGCCGUUGGUGCGGGGCUAUUGAUCGAUCUGCUCUUGUUAUAUUGGCCUUUUACGUGAUCGGAUUUGUGUUUGAUUAGAAUAGACAAACGAUUUUUAAAAACUGCCUAAUGCCACGAGCAGCGUUGAUGGGGGGACAUUUGUUUGUACGUUCUGUCGCUGUUCAUCUUAGCCACAAAUGUAGAUAGUCCGAGGAGCAGAGAAGAGUAUCAAGAGUUGCCGUACUUAUUUGGUAUUUUCUUUUUCCCUGGCAUUAUAUCAUUGGUGCGUUUGCUGGUGAGCAUUCUCAUGUAUUUUUCUGUAAUAAUUAUUUUUUCGAACGUUAGUCAUAAAUGAAGAUGCAAAAUAUACCUGUACAAUUUACAGCUGCUAUUAAAGUCGUCGAAAUAUUUUUCUGGUAUUUUGUGGCUGAAUUUUUUCCAUAUCAAUUUAAAGGUUCUUUCCAUGUGUAAUGAUUUGCAUCUUUGAAUCAGUCACCAAUUUUUUUUUGUACAAGCGUCCUGCAUUUUCAAUAUAUCAAUGAAUUUAUAUUGUCAUCAAGUUAUACCCAGUCUUUAAUUUGUGUGUUCAUGUCGCCACUGCUUAGUUACAAUUACGUAUUUAUAAUAGGCACUUAAGGCUCUUGUUUUGGAGCGGAUGGGGAAGCCUGAUGAAGCGCUAAAUGUUUGCUUAAAUGCGAGAGAACAAUUAUUUUCUAGUGGCAUAGUCUACAUGGACGAUCUCACUCUCAGCACCUUACAAAUGGUCCUUCAACGACUCAAUCGCUGUCGGUACCCUUUUCAAUGUUCAAUUAAUGUCACACUAUUGAUUUAGUCAUUUUUCCUUUCAGUUGUUCUAUUUUCAUAAAAGUUCACGUUCUGGCAGUGGACUUGGCAACUUCUUGCUAUGAACAUGCAUGUGGGAAAUACACAAAUAAUUUGGAACUCAUGAUGGGGCUCUUCAAUUGUUAUGUUCGUGAAUACUCCUAUGUGAAGCAACAACAGGUUUGCGAAUAUCUGAGAAAUUAUAAGAAUUUCCCUUUUUCUCCAAUAUUUUUUUUUUUACAUGAGACUGCGGGUUGUGGUUACUCCUACAUUUCAUUUGUUUGUUGUGGUUGUGGCAGAUAGCCAUUAAAAUGUACAAAACUGUGGGUGAAGAAAGGUUUUUGCUUUGGGCUGUUUGCAGCAUUCAGUUGCAGGUUCUGCAGACAUACCAUUUUCUCGUCAUUCAUUCUUAUAUAUUUAGAUAUCUCUUUUCCCGAUGAUUUUCUUUCAGAAGCAGUUUAUUGUGAACUGGUAGUUAAUAUUUCGCUCUCUACUUCUGUUAGGUGUCUUGCAGUGAUGCAGGUGACAAACUGCUUCCCCUUGCAGAAGCUUUACUCAAGAAGCAUGCUGCCACCUACGGUUUGCAUGAACCAGAAGGUAUAUUUUCUUCCAAUUUUUUACCCUUGCGACCUCAUUGUAUUUUAAUGUGAAAGAAAAUUGCAUGUGAUUUUUAAUGUUCAGUAAAUUUAUUAAAAACAUGGUGCAGCACUUCUCGUGUACAUUUCUAUUUUGGAGCAACAAGCUAAAUAUGGGGCUGCUUUAGAGGUUCUUUCUGGAAGUUUAGGGUCUCUUCUACCCAUUGAAGUUGAUAAAUAUCGGAUACAGGUAGAACUUCUUUUUUUUAUUUUCUGUUCACUUUUAAGGCAUGUGUUUUGGUUAGAAUAUUUUGAGCCGGAUAUGUUUAAAGUUGGUCUACAUUUAUUUUAGCUACCUAGUGCACAAUUAUGAGCGAAGAUAGUCUUUUCUGAUAAAGCAACCAAUUAAGUUUGUACAUGUUGCACACUUGUUUCUUGAAGCAUACUUAACAUUUCUAUUUUUUGAGAAAUCCCCGAGUUAAUUUUGUUAUUUUUGGCUCUAAUUGUUGCUGAUUUUUUCGCUUAUCUCGUCUGUUGACUCCAAGUUGACAGGGGAGACUUCUUGCACGUGCUGGUGACUAUGUUGCUGCUGUGGAUAUCUUCCGUAAGGUCUUAGAACUAUGGUAAUGCUUUAGGUGUUUUUUGUCCCUUUUGCAUCUAAUGACAUAUCCGUCUGUGCGUAGAUGCCAUGCACUUCUGGAUUUUAACGGGAAAUAUGAAAGUGGAAUUAUCCGCUUUAUUAUUUGUUUUUGAGAUUGAUGAUGCUGAUUUGUUGUUAUUCACCAAAUUCCACUAAGCACGUGAUGGAACUCUUAUCUGUCUUCCUUGUCACCUUUUCACCUGGUUAUCAUUUUAUUGUCUUUGGCAUAAUAGAUAUAUGGUUGUAAUGUGGCGGGGUGGAACUCCGUCACUGCUGAUCACCAGUCUUUGGUUUCAUCUAUUGAACCUUGAACACAACAUUGUGGUGUUUCCUGUUCUUUUUAUGUUUGAUUAAGUAAAUUUGAUGUUGCACACCCUAUGGAGCAUUAAGCUGCAAAUCUGUUCCAUUUUUUGGUGCUGUCCUUGUUCCAGAAUAAAAUAUAUUUGGAUCUACGUGCUUUUUAAAGCCUUCAAUUUUUGUUAUGCUUAUUCUGAUAGGUGCAACAGGUUCUCCAGAACGGUUAUUUCAGCAUUAGAUAUAAAAUUGCCCGAGUCUGUAUCAUCUAUCCUUUGAAGGGAAUACCUGAGGACUUGUGUUAGAGAUGACGACUAUGUCCUCUAUAUGAUAUAGUCUAGCAUAAUGUGGUGUUUAAACUUAUGUCCUCUGUCACUUGUGUUGUCUUUUACUCUGUUUAUCUUUAUAAAGAAUCCUAGUUUUUUGCUUGGGCAGUCCUGAUGAUUGGGAGUCGUUCCUCCAUUACUUAGCCUGUUUGCUGGAGGAGCAAGACAUGAGUAGUCUCACAGAGACUAUCACUGGCCCAGUUGGCUUUAAAGGCACUGACGUUCGCAAGCACUGUCAUUUUCCUGAGGAUUUGGUAAGUUUUAUUUGAUAAGCACUUGUAAAAGUUCUGUUGUCAUGUUCCAGUGAAGGUUGACACUAUCAAAUUGAUUUACAGUUUGAAGAACGUGUAUCGAGUGCAUUGUCCUUUGUACAGAAGUUGCAGAGGGAGGUGGAUGGUGACUCUGUAAGAUGCCCAUACUUGGCAGAUAUUGAAAUUGAAAAACGCCGGCGUUUAUAUGGAAGAGCAGACAAUGGAAGAUUAAUGCAUGCUUUACUGGAAUACUUUUGCAGGUUUUGUAAUUUUACUCUGAACUGGACUCACCUACUUUGUUCGAAAAUGUCCUUGAAAGAAAGUGCCUUCAGAUUCGUUUUUUAUCUUUUUUAUGAAAUGCUUAAUGAAUACGUCUCACUUAAUAUUAAAUAUAUAUUUAUAUUGGGCGCUACUUGCCACUAACUACUCGCUCGCUGGCUGCUCAGGCUCAUUGUUUCAAGUUCGUUAUCCUAACCAUCUGCGAAGAUUUUUUCCUUAGAAGACUUCCCCCAGAUCAUGUGGUUCUCUUCUUUUCUUAUGUAUGCAAGAACACCCCCCCAUCCCUUUGGAAACUAAAGGUCACAUUGUCUCCUUCAAACUUGAGUAACGGCGCUCUUAUCUUUAAGAGAUAACGUUGUUGGGCCGCACUUUUGUUCUUUGAAGCACUCUUAUUUUCACGGUUAUGUGGUAAUGCGGUAAUGCUUGAAAAAUUGAUUCUUGAUGUGCCACUCCAGCAAACAUCGUUACUGUCAUAUUCUUAUCUCCUAUGAAGACGGAGAGCUCUGGGAGGUAUUAUGAUCAAUAUCUCAUAUUAUAACAUCAUUUUGAUGAGAGAAAGCGAUGCUUUCUUUUUAGGCAUUCGCUUAAUGCGUCUCUAUUCUUUUAUUCGACUAUAGCAAGUAGUUAUCAAUAUCCAUGGUUAGCAUCCAUGUAUUCUACCCAUGUCCAGACAAUCCAACAAUCAAUACACCUUCCCUGAGUUCUGAUUGCUAACUUUCAAGCGGCAUUAGAAUUGAAAUUACAUUUUUUCAGAUAACUUUGGAAAAUGAGCUAUUUUUUUUCCCUCUCUACUUCAUUUUAGAUUUCUCUUCUCUCUGCAAUUGCUUGGAAUGAUUUACUGCAUAUUUUGAGAUUUCACUGAUAUAAACAUCUUUUUUUUUUCUCUAUACAGAUUUUAGUAUGAUCAGCUAUUUUUGUAUGCAUAUUAUUUGUCUAGAUAUCAGCGUGGGGAUCUCUCUUUCAUGCAUCAUCUUGGAACGUUACAAUAUCUGGUGUCAAGUCUGAUUUUUCCCCUGCCCAACAGGUUCAGUCACUUGUCUUGCUUCGCAUCAGAUGUGGAAAUAUUCUUGGAUGUCUUAACUCAUGAAGAAAGAAAGGAACUGUUGGAAAAGUUCAUGAAAAUUAUUGAUUCUCUGUCAGUUACACCCUUACAAACAUUGGGCCAAGCUGUGACCAUUUUUCGAAUCAAAGAACUUUUCGGCUUAACUUUCAAGCUCACAGUUAGCGGUAAGAUUUCGUUAUAUAAAGUAGCAUCUCAUUUUUUCAGAGUUGAAUUUAUAGACUCCCUAUCACCUGCUUCCAUUUGAGCUUGUAAACAUCAUAUUCCUCUUUUGAAACACUGGAAGAUAAUAAUGCCCGUUAGCAAGCGCUCAUUUGAGUCAUCUAUGGACGUGUCAUAGUCUUCCCCGGCACCUUUGAAGGGCUUUUGUACCUUGUUACUGUUUUUCCUUUAAAUUCUCUGAUAGAGACGUUUGAGACGCACUAUCUUCAUUUCCUUCAAAAAUAUAACUAUUACCAUUUUCAUUUUAGCUGUUCCUUUGAUCUGAAUGGCUCCAUCUAAUUGGCCAGAAGCCAUAACAUAACUCAAAAUACUAUAUUUUUUAGAAUUUGAAAGUAGAUAUGGUCUCGUUGCUUGUUUGAGCUGUUAUAUUGUCUGGAAAGACAAGAUUGCCAUCUGUCAUUUACUCUAUUUUGGCUUCUGAGAACUAGAAGAUGGUCCAUUUUCUCAUUUUAGUCGACAUAGAGUUUCUCUUUAUUUUAUGUUAUUUAUUCUCACUUAGUUUAAUGUGGCUUGCUUACACAGCACUAUUUUUUUGCAGAACUCAAAGAUGCUUCCUUACAUUUGGUGGACAUGUAUUGCAAAAAGCUUUAUUUUUCCAAGGACCUAGAUCCUCAGGAAAAUGUACAUGGUGAGGAAUUUCUGUCGAUGGCAUCCAAUGCACUCGUUCAGGUAUCUUAUUGUGUUAUUAAUUUGAUUUAUUAGUUCAUUGUCUGAUGACUGUUGCUGACUCUCUAGCAAUUUUAUUUUUUUCAGAGGAUUUAAAUUUUAGUGCAAUGUCACCUCUUGGUUACCAAAAAUAUGGAUUCCCAUCAUAUGAUAUUCGUGGGACUAUGAAAUAUGAGCAUGUCCUGUAUCCACCGGGUGCCUCAUGUAGUUGAUGUACUCUGUUUGAGUUGUGAAAUAUUGCCAAGAAAGGCAACAAUUAGAAAUAUACUUUCGUGUUUUCAACUGAUCGAUUUUUCAACUUUAGGCCCUUUGUCUAUGUUCAAAUUCUUAAUGUUGAGCAAGAGGUUUUCCAUGAUAUAGUCAUGUAGAAUUCUUCAUUGAAGUUGACAUCAUACCAACAAAAGAAAUCAUUUUUUUUUCCGAUAUUUCAAUGUACAGUUGCGAAUUGUUCAUUGUGCAUUAUUCGCCAGUUUUUUAGUUUGUUGAGGUGUCCUUUAAGUUUGUUUUGUAUUAUGCAUAGUAUUUUUCAUAUCAUCUCGUCAGUAUGAAGUUUUGAAUUCUGUACGCAAAAAACGCGCUAUUUUAGCUACAAUAAUUUGAAAUUUUCAUUGGAGUAUCAAAGAAAUGUAUUUCAAGAUUUUAUAUCUAUUUCCUGUUGUAACUUUAAAAGAAUGUCGCUUAUUCAGUGAAAUAUGAAAGAACCAAGCAAAUUUUUUAGGCUCCUAGUGGACAACAGAAACGCUAACGUUAGGAUAAUACUAGAGACUGUCGAAGGUCCUUAGUUUUGGCAAACUAAGCUUGUAUAACGGAUGCUCUUCUUGAGGGGCUCCAAGGUUUUGGCAAUUUUCAGCGAUUAUUUGCCUAGGUUGAAAGAAGUUAAGGGAUACCCAGACAGUAACAUUUAUGUGUUCUUCGUCAGAUUACACUACACGUCUAGCAAUUUCGAAAAAUGAAGCAAAGAGCUGUAGUUUUGCGUAGGUGUAAUAUAGAGGGUACUCUAACUUGACAGGGGCUGCAGAAAUCUUUGACAUUGUAAGAUCCAGAAAAGAGGACUUUCCUCUAUUUAUGAAAGAUAUGUUCGUAAAGAUUAAAACUCAUCUAGCCCGUUGAUGCUUGAAACGUUUUAGCACUAUGGACCAUUGAUUUUGUGUUCUCCUCGCGGGUAUGACUGCGAUGUCGUUGAUCCUUGCAAAAUAGGUAAGUGAACUAUCUCUUUUAUUCAUUUUAUGAGUAACUGAUUUAUGAUGGUUUACAGCCCAUGUUGAUUUCUUCCCCCCUCUGAUAAUAAUCAGGCCGUUGGUCUUGACCAGAACGGUUUGCUGUCUGUUUUGUAUAGUUGCACGUCUUUUAGUUCCGUAUAGUGAAAGCAGUAAGGGUGAAUGUGUUUUUGUAGCGCCAUUUCUAUUCCAUAUGCUGUUGUCAGUAUCAUAUGCAAUGCGACCUAUAUAUUUUAACCUUUUAGGAACUUUUACCUUUCGUAUUAAUCUGGUUUGUCUCGGUCUUACAUAAUUUUUGAGGUAUAUUGGCAAAUCCGUUAGGUCAUAAUUUCACGAUAAAGUCUUGGCUUGUUGACUUUCCCUUCUGAUUGCCUAUAGUUAUUCUGGCGCACUGGGCACAGAGGUUACUUGCUGGAGGCCAUCAUGGUUUUGGAAUUUGGCUUAACCAUCCGAAGGUCAGCCCAGAAACCAAUUCCAUCAUCUUUUUUACUUGACUACGGACAUGCAUAAUUUCUAGUUUUGGUAUAAUCUGUUAUUCAUCCUCGGCCUCUCGCAAUAAAGAUUUUGUGCUUAUAUUUAUGAUUUUUCUAAAGAAGCCGAUGCCGUGUUCAGCAGCCCCCGUCUCAGUAAUUUCACUGUCAGUAAUCAUGAUGAUGUGAGAUUGCCGUUAGGUAGGCAACAGGCAAUGAAAUUUUGCAGGCGAGAUUUAUUUUAAAAAAAAGAAUUUCCCACCACGACUCAACUGUGCAAAUAACUUGUGAUUUACUUUUUACUGUGGAGCUUGAGGGUUUAUUGUCGGCAUUAUAAUAUAUAGGAGGUGUCAUGGCGUUUCUCUGAGAAUAGCUCUGGUUUUUGUCUUUUUCUUCUCCUUUUUUGGCGGGAGAAUGUGGGGGGGGGGUUGGGAUUACUGUCGACAUGGGAAACAACCUUUUUGCUGAAAGCCAAGAAUCCAAUGUCGCUUAAUUAAUGAUGACACUGAUGAUUCAUUGCAGUAUCAAUUGUAUUUUUUAACUGUCCAAUCAGCUUGCUAACAUGUAAUUUUUGGUUGGGGCUUAGUCUUUCAAGUCCUGCACAAGGUUACUUUAUCAGCAUGGUGCUUCAUUAAUGUUGAUCAUAGGCAUGAGAUUCAUCAAAGAAAUAUCCUUUCAGUACUGCUGAUGAGACCAGCAGAUGGACUAUCAUGAAAGUUCGUCUUUGGUGGUAUGUUUAAGCCAACCAUUGGUACAAUGGUUCCACUGAGGAAAGGGGGGGGGGGAGGUGGUCCUCCGUGGAGAAAGACCCGGAUCUUAGGAACAUUGGUGGAGCUGCUGAAUGAGCUGUCCUCGGGUAUCUAAAUGGCAUGCCGGACUAAAUGAGAUGGAGGAAAACUCUCUACCCGGACUAAAUGGCCGAGGUGUUAAAUUGACCAUAUAUCCCUAAAUAUUUGUGUUUUUUAAACAUUUCCACAAUUGUUUUACUUUCAGAUGAAAGAUUAACGGGGUCUAUAUUUCUGCCCUUUUACUGAAUUGUAAAUGCUAUUUCUUACGAGCCCAUUUCUGUUUGGCAGACAUGUCUGGCAGUACAAGAUCCUUUUGCUGCACCUAUAUUCUUACUUGGGAGCUUUACCCUUGGCAUAUGAGCGGUAUGGGGAUUUUCGCUAUUUAUUUCUACCAUUUUUUAGACAUAACUUCAUUUUUUGUGUCUCCUUUACUGCUCUAAGGGGUUGCUUUCUUUUCAAGGUAUGGGGCUCUCGAGAUAAAGAAUAUCCUACUGGAAACAGUCUCCCACCAUAUUUUACCACAGAUGUUGAAGUCGUCCCUUUGGCCUGAACUAUCCGUUCUCAUGAGGGAGUAUCUCAAGUUUAUGGACGACUAUAUGAGGGAGGCUGCCGAUCUUACCUUUGUUGCUUACCGUCAUCGUAAUUAUUCAAAGGUAAACGCUGGCUGGAUUUGUCCUAGUAGGAAAAAAAAAAAAAAAAAAAAAAAAAACCUGGUCAGACAGCUCUAAUCGCCUUUAGGCCUUUCAUUUCAUACGCAAUUGCCUCAAGUUUUUUAGGCAAAAAUACGUAAAAGCUCUACACAGCAACUAUUUUAUGGGUUGACAAAUUCCUAGUGCUAUUUUUCUUUAAAAAUACGGGGAGUAUAUUACUGGAUUACAGAUUUUUCCUUGUAAUGUGCGGAAUUAUUUCAGGCAGUUGAGUUCGUUCUCUUCAAGGAGAAGUUGCAAAACUCCGCCCAGUAUCUGACGGUGAAGAUCGAAACCUCCAUUCUACAGCUGAAGCAGAAGGCAGAUAAUCUCGAAGAAGUGGAGGUGAAGCACACUCAUCUUCCUUAUGCUCUUAUUUAUUCCUCAAACUGAGAUCAUCGAUCCAUCGUUCUAUGCCAUCUUCCAGAGUACUCUUGAGAACUCUGGAUUCGGAGUCAAGCUUCUUCAACUGUCUUGUGAGGAGAAACUCAAGUCCUUGACAUUCAAUGAAGAUUUGGGGUCGCGACCUUGGUGGUCCCCGUCCCCAGAAGUCAACCUCCUUCUCGGUCAGUUAUUCCUCUCCUCUCAUGUGGUCAGCGCGCGAUGUAUGUAUGCAUGCAUAUGGUUCCCCUUUAUGGACUUCCUCGUAGCCCAAUCUUUCAAUUGCUUGAGAUACCUCGUUUGGGGUGGAACCAUCAUCCCCAAGCAAUUCUCGCCUAUAACACCUCUAUCAUAUUGGAGAAAUUCUGACUUUUUUUUUUCUCCUUUUUUUAACAAUUCUCGCAGAACCUUGUGAUGGGAAUUACUGCCCCAGCAAGAAAUCGGUACGGAUAUUUCAUUCUGUAAUAAUAUCUGCCCCAGCGAGAAACUGCUGAGUUGCUAUUUAUCUCGUUCUUAUGGAUUGAUCAUACUCGAUUUAUUAUCCAGACCUUGUUCUCUCAUUUGUUCCUUUAUUUCUCUCUCCAUUGUCUCGUCUUGGACUCGCACCACCCCCGGCUUCGAUACCUCUCUCUCUCUCUCUCUCUCUCUCUCUCUCUCUCUCUCUCUCUCUCUCUCUCUCUCUCUCUCUCUCUCUCUCUCUCUCUCUCUCACUCACUCACUCAUCCCAGAACCCACCCAUUCUCUCAUUCCACCCCAGUGGAUGUCGGGUUUUCAAACGUUUUUCAAUUGCCUGACAGCCACUGAAUCCUUCCAUUUUUUAAUCCCAGCCUGCCCUAAAGGGUAAAAAGUGAUGAUGCAUCAUCCAGUUGUUUUAUGCCAGCCUCCAGGGAGAUGGUCUCUUCCCUUUUCUUAUUAGAAGAAACAGGCACUCUCUUUCUUUCUACCAAAGGAGGAAAUACUCUACUCAAACCAAUGCAUAGUAAGUAUACUCCAGGGAGUCCUACUGGGGAGGGCACCUUCAAAAAGGUCUCUUUUUGUUCCUUUUUUCCCUUUUUUUUUUGACAGGAAGAAAUAGAUCCCCCCCCCCCCCCCUUCUAACGAUGGAGAAAAUACUCAAUACAUCUCUGGCUCGAUAGCAAGGGGUCUUUUUAUCUUGGAGACAUUCUUCUUUUCAUGGUAGCAUAGCGCCAGUCGUCAGGAGUCAGAGAGGAGAGCUGCUGGGUCUCUUACCGCAUAACCCACCCAUCUUGUUCCAUGAAAAUCACCAGGCUGGAGAUAAGCAGGCCAUCGACCGGGAAGCCAUCAAGAGGAGGUCGCUGCUCCCUCGGCUGCUAUAUCUGUCCAUCCAGGCCGCCACCUCAGCAUCGUUCAAAGAAAACGCCGACGCCAAUGGCUCCUCCCACGGCGAUGACAAAGAGCACAACUCCUCGGAGCUGGAAUCCCUGUUAGAGCAGUACUCGGCCACCCUCGGUUAUCCCAGUUUCAGGGAGGCGGCCAAAGCGAUCGCCGCAGUUUCAGAGGAUCAGAGCUCCCCCUCCCUUGAGGUUGGUAGUCCAACAAACAGCCCCUCCCCCCAUGAAAUUGAUGAGAAAUUUGUUUUUUUUCUUUCCGAGCCCUUUCGAUUAUCUCCAGUAGUAAUUGAUGAGUUUUCCGAUUUAUUCCCAUGGGGAGCAGGUUCUGGCUUCGGAAGUGCCCAGCUGGUUGACCUUCGCCGUCUUCCUCAACGCGCAGAAUCUCUGCCGCCGCUCUCCCCAGGAAGAAUUCAUCGGCGGCGGGGUGACGUGGACCACCGUCGAUAAUCUGAUUCGGAAAUGUGUCAGAGAGAGCCUGGCUUUGGCUUCCUCCGAGGAGGCGACAUCUCCGUUGACCUGCCCGGCCUUUGACCUGCCGCUACUGGUGCAGCUCAUCACGGAAGCUUGUUCUUGGCAUGCCCUCAUAAUCCAGGCCUGCCUGAGGUCGUUGCUCCCCUCUUCCGGUAAGAAGAAAAAGAAGACCGGCGCAGUGGACCCACCGACCGCCACCUCGGCAUCCCGCGCCAUCCCGCUCCGGGCCUCAAUCGACUCUCUGAGCGCUGCUGUGGACGAGAUCAGGCGGUGGCUGGAACUCCAGCUUAGCGCUCCGCUGGACGACAGCGUGGACGCCCUGCUAGCCCUUGUCCGGGGUGGAGGCCCGGUGGGACCCGGCCCGGUCUUCCAGCUGGUGGAGGAGUUCGCUUCGGGUGGAGACCCCGAAGCAGGGGAGAGGAUCUCCCGAGCCUUGCGGUCAUGGGAUUCUGCCGACGUGUUGAGGAAGUUUGUUCAGGGGCGGCGCAAGGCGUUGACCGAGUUUCACCAGAUGUGCGGGUUGAAGUUGAGAUUUUUGGACUCCCUCAGAGCGUCGGUCCAGGGCCUGUGA